AUGAAUAAGCAAAAAUUGACUCAAAAAUUAGAGAAUUAUAAAAAACAACAACAAGAAAUCACAAAAUGUUUUCAACAAGAAGGACCUAUCUUUAUAGGUCAAUUAUUAGCUUUAAAUGGUUCAGAUUAUAAUAAAUUUCGAAAGUAUGCUAUAGAACAUAAUGUUCAAAUUAUUCAUGUUAAUGCUAAUCAAGUAAAAACUAUAUUUGGUAGUGUAAAACCAUUAGAAGUGAAUAAUACAAUGAUAAUUGUAAAAGCCCCUACAUUAGCAGUAUUUAAUGAAGUGCUAGAAUAUAUACAUCAGUAUAAAGAACAAAUAUUACCAUUACAAAUUUUAGUAAAUGAUGAAGGACAAAGCAAAACAAAUAGCACAUCUUUAAAAAGGGAUGGAUCUUAUAGAGUAAUAAGAGAAGCGAACUAUUUAGAAUAUAAAAAAGCAAUGAAGGUACAAGGCACAACAAAAGAAGAAGCUUUAAAAACAUUUACAAAAAUGUUACAAAUAACGAUAUUAUUACAAAACAUAAAAUUAUUAAAAUUAUUAAAUGAUUACAAUAAAUCAAAUAACGGAUAG